ACAGCCCCUGUGACGUUCCUGAUGGCAGCUGCUGUCUGAAUGUGUUUGUGACCAAGAAGGCUCACCUCCUGCCAUCCCACACUGUGUGGUGACAUUGUCGGUAAAGCCCUGUUCUCUCAGAGUCUUUAUUCACAAAGAGACUCUCAGCCCGCUGCUGGUUGGAUGUUUCCAGUUGCGCUUGUUAAUUUGAAGUCUGACAAAUUAACGCCAAAGGUCUGAAGUCCGUGCUGAGCGGUGCGGGACGUGCGGGAAGGUCUGAAGUGCAGGAAGAUGGAGCAGGAGAGAGGAGACUUCAUAAAUGAACAGAAAGCACCAGGGAUCUUUCAAAGACAUCCUUUCUGGUUAAAGGUGGAUGCUGGGCACAGAGCUGUCAUCUUUGACCGGUUCCGUGGAGUGCAGGACAUUGUGGUAGGGGAAGGGACACACUUUCUCAUCCCUUGGGUACAGAAACCGAUUCUCUUUGACUGCCGCUCUCGACCACGUAAUGUGCCAGUCAUCACUGGUAGCAAAGAUUUGCAGAAUGUCAACAUCACCCUGCGCAUCCUCUUCCGGCCAGUGGCCAGCCAGCUUCCCCGCAUCUUCACCAGCAUUGGAGAGGACUAUGACGAGCGGGUGCUGCCGUCCAUCACUACAGAGAUCCUCAAGUCAGUGGUGGCUCGCUUUGAUGCAGGAGAACUGAUCACCCAGAGAGAGCUGGUCUCCAGGCAGGUGAGCGACGACCUUACAGAGCGAGCAGCAACCUUUGGGCUCAUCCUGGAUGACGUGUCCUUGACGCAUCUGACCUUCGGGAAGGAGUUCACAGAAGCAGUAGAAGCCAAACAGGUGGCUCAGCAGGAAGCGGAGAGGGCCAGAUUUGUGGUGGAAAAGGCUGAGCAGCAGAAGAAGGCGGCCAUCAUCUCUGCUGAGGGUGACUCCAAAGCAGCCGAGCUGAUUGCCAACUCACUUGCCACCGCGGGUGAUGGCCUGAUUGAGCUGCGUAAGCUGGAAGCCGCAGAGGACAUCGCAUACCAGCUGGCACGCUCUCGGAACAUCACCUACCUGCCAGCCGGGCAGUCGGUGCUCCUCCAGCUGCCCCAGUGAGGCCUUGCCUGCCUGCACCUCCGUGGGCCAUCUGGGCCACGGCCCUGAUGAUUCUUAACACCGCCUUCUUUCUGCCCCAACCCCAGAAAUCACUGUGAAAAUUCAUGAUUGGCUUAAAGUGAAGGAAAUAAAAGUGAAAUCACUUCAGAUCUCUAAUUACUGUAUCAGAUUACUGUAUCAGAUUAAGCUCUUUCAUUCACAUUUCCAUCCACUUUUUAUCCACCUCCCUACCAAAAAUUGCCAAGUGCCUAUGCAGACCAGGGCCUCCUGGAGCUCCCGCCUAGGUACUGGGCAUUUGGCAGAAGAAAGGCAGGGCUGUUUGUCUGACGGUCUGGGCAGCACAUUCAUUGACCUGAAUAAAUUUGCAGCAUCCAGCCUAACAUUUAUUCAAGAUUUGAGGAAGAUGGCAGUCAGCUGAACCAAGAACUCAGGCUUUAUUUUUUCCAAUGGUUCCUGCACAGACCCAGCUGAAGAGGUGCUGGGGAGGGUCAGAGAGGAAGUGGUCUGUCUCUUUCCAUAAGGCUGAUCCUUUCUGUGAGGUCAGCAGAAGCAGGUGUGUGCAAACGGCAUGGAUUGAAUCUGCCCUGUGAAGGUGGCUGGGCCUGAUUUGCUGCCCACUCCUCAGGGACCUGAAACUGAGAUGGACUUGGAUAGUGAGAGCAGGUCUGGACUGAUGUGAGUCCAAUUAGACUUCCUCUCCACCCCCACCCUCCACCUUGGUGUCUCUCAAAUACCCGGAGGAAUUCCAACUUGAAGGAUUGCAUCCUGCUGGGGUGAACAUGCCUGCCAAAGACUUGGAAUCCUGCUUUCCUGCCUGCCUUGCUCAGAGGCUGCCCUUUCAGGGGGCUGUGUGCGUGCGCUUUGAAGGGCCAACCACAGGAGAAAAUAAAUGUAUGCAAACUCCUGUCUAAUAAAGGACACCCAGACCUCACUCA